AACUCGUUAACAAUCUACAAUAAUGGCUUCAGCUAAGUUCUUGUUCAUUGCCCUGUUGGCUAUCGCAUUCGGCGUCGAAGGUAGUUACGCCAUUUUUUGGUGGUUGUGGCCAUUCACCAGCACCACAACUACCACGACUACGUCGUCGAGCAGUAGUAGUUCAGCUUCCGGAUCCAAUUACGUGGUAAACGUUGGCAAUCGUGAAAACACCAACACCAGCCUCACUGACUACGGAACCAUGAUUUCCAACCUGCAAAUCAAUCUAGCUCGCUUCAACGGGACCGCCUUGUUGAGCAAUCCGGGCGCCGCCGAUGGGGAUCAACUUAGCCUGCUGAUCUACACUCUGUCCGAAGAGUACCGCAAGGAGCUUGAAACACUAGUUGCCGCCAAGUCUGAAUGGUUCCAGCAGAGACUGGCGGAAGCACAGGAAUUCGCUACCACCUUGCAACAGUUCGGUACCCAGAUAUUGCUGAAAUCGUUCGCCGAAGAUGUCCGUGGUAACCUGGCCACCUUAAACGGGACCCAGGCCGAUUGCCUAAACCGGCAGCUGGACGUGGGCAAUCUGGUCGAUUCAGUUGUUAGCCGUAGCGGAAAUGGAUGCCUUCGGGGCCGCAUCGAUACCCUGCUGAAUUUGCGGGAAGCUGCCCGCCGGAACCUGAGUCAACUCUUUGACCCCAACGAAAGCAUCGAGGAUCAGCUGGACCAGUGCAACGGCUUGGAGGAUAGCUUCGCCGACGAUCUGGAGGACCUGUACCGGGACGCUUGCAUUUCAUCGGUACUGUUCAAGGAACGCUCGAAAACAUUCCGGUUGGAUUUGACCGUCGCACAGGCAACCGAAGCAGCGGAUCUAGAGUUCGGGCAGGCUCGGGCUCAGUUGCUGGACUGUGUGGCCGAUCUGGAGUCACAUGCCUUCAACGCAACCCUGGGACUUCGCUACUGGAUCAAUAACUGCUUAAUUUUCCGCGUGACGAAGGACUUCAGAGACGUAUACUGCUUGAAAAGCCUCUACUGCAGCCUCGUUCGCUCCAUCCUGGAAUAUGCAUCGGCAGUUUGGAGCCCUUUCUACCAGAAUGGCGCUGAUCGGAUCGAAGCUCUACAACGACGGUUUAUGCGAUAUGCUCUACGCCAUUUGAACUGGUUUGACCCGUUCCACCUUCCAAGCUACGAGAACCGCUGCAACAUCAUUAGCCUAGACACGCUACAAGCCCGUCGAGCUGUCACACGGGCCUUGUUUGUCUCCGAUAUCCUGACAUCGAAAAUUGACUGCCCUUCGCUAUUGGAAUCAAUCAACAUCAGUGUCAGACCUCAAGGACUACGGAACCGGAAUUUACAGCUCUACACUCCCCUUCGUCAAAACAACUACGGGGCAAAUAGUGCAUUGAUCGGCUCUACAGUAGCACGCCAUUCCCAACUGAAGGAAGCUGCAAUGACUAAAAUUGUGCCUGUUUUAUUGCUUCUGCUGUUUGUUUCUCAAAACGAUGCAACAUCAAAGUUCCUGGAGUCGUUCAAACGAUUCUUCCACAAUUCGGAGGAACCCCCGAAACAAGUUAACUGGUUCAAUUAUUUGUUUGGCAAUCGACGACAACCGAGAAUCGCUGACCACGUUUCGUUGACCAUCAAUGGAGUGACCUUCAACGUAGACAACCUUCCCCGAAAUGUGACCCUAACAUCCAACGAUACGGAGGUGCGAGUGUUCCAAACCCAGACCGGCACGGUUAUAAACAUUGGAACCAUAAAAGAUGGCGGAUCUACUCCAGGUGUUGACGUUCGAACGACGACACCAAGUGUCGGAGCCGGCGUUUCAACAACGACUUCGACAACAGCUACCACACUUUCGACAUCAACUUCGACAGCAGCGGCUCGACGUCGAAAGCGUCAACUCUUCGAACUUCCUCAGCUGCCAUCGAACGCGUUAGUUCCACCGAUGCCGAAGAUUCCGAUCCCCACUAUCAGUGGAACGACAAUUGCUUUCGGGGAUCGGAAGUUCAAUCUACCGGAAUCGGUGCUCAACAUCACGAAGUCACUACCCGGGGUACGUGAACCCUGGGAAUUGUUGGAUCUCCUGCUCAAACAACCCGGCAUAACGACCUUCGAUAUCGAACAGGUAACCGACUAUCUACAAACUCAGUACGAAACAGUGGGAAAGCCUUUGGUUUCUCAGGGUACCGCGAGAUUGAAUGGCGUAUUUGAAUUCCUCUCGAACGCGGUCCAUGAUUCCUUAAACGGGGUCGAAAAACAGUUGAACGAUGCUAUAGCUAUGGCAGCAAUACCCUUCAAAUUCACGAUUUUCGGGACCAAAGCACGACAAUGUAUGGUGGAAAAAUUUCGCGCAGCAGGUGCGGGAGUUGUGUCGAAGGCCGUAGGCUGUAUUCGAGACCGUUGGACUGAGGCUCGAGGAGUCGUUGGUAAUUUUAGCCAGACGGUUAACGCAACGGAUGCCACCUCUAGCAACUGGUUCGAGCAGCUGAGCGAGUGUUGCUACUACGAUGACGAAGAGGAAGAGCGAAAGUGCUACGCUAAGGCGAUUGCAAACCCAGCUUUGACUACCCUCUGGGAGCUUCCGACGAUUUGGGUCAAGCAGAUUGCGAGGACAACCGUUACCGUCAAUAGUUUUCAACCAUUAUUGACCGCCUGUACGGCUGAUCUCAUGAUCAAGAUACCAUUGGCAGUUGGACAGGGUGCCCAGCAGGUGUUUUCGUGCAUGUGGGCAUGAAAGUAUCUUUGAAUUUAUUUUUAAAUCAAAUUUUCAAAAAGUAAUCAGAACAUUUAAAAAAAAAAUCUUAAGUAAUUUUUCAACGAUUAAAUUAUUCAAUCCCAACAGAAUAUUUAUCCGGUUUUGUUACUUUACAUGGAAUACAGAGAAUUUGUAGAUAUGAAGUAAGGAAACAUUUUUGUUAUGGUUCACAAACAAACGCGGAAUUUAUUUAAAAAAUUGAUUAAGUGGAACUAAAGUUUCAAAUUAAUACUAACUCAAUUUCAUUCCAAAAAGUAGGUCCAGUUCUUCGAAAACCGAUGU